AUGACUGACCUAGAGACUGCAGUAAAUUCUGAUUUAGAGAACCUUAGAAAAUGGUUAAUAGCCAAUAAACUUAGCCUCAAUGUAGCUAAGACAGAGUUUAUGUUGAUUGGCUCUAAACCUAUGAUAAAAAAUAUUUCUGAUUCUUGCCCAAAUGUUUACAUUGAAAAUAUACAAAUUAAACAAGUUCAUGAAUGCAAAACUCUAGGAGUAACAAUUGACCAGCAUUUAUCUUGGAAAA